AAAUAUUUUUUGCGCUAUCGCCGCUUCUUUUCCUGGCUGGCUGGCAGCAGUCUUGCGAAGACAACCGGCAGAUAGAGACGACACCCAUCACAUAAAUAAAUAUCCGUUGAAAUCGUAGCAAUAUCGGGACCUACAUAAAGCAACAUCAAGCAUACGCAGUGUUGGCCCCGCGGAAAAUGUCGCAUCGCGUGUUAUGAAAAUAUUUGCCAGCGAUCUGUUUAUUGUGAUAAUUACAAGUAACGUUUGAAAGCGGAAUCAUGCUGUUCGAUCGAUAUGUCAUAUCAGGCUCCGGAGGCGACGACUUCGAUCCAAGUGCAAGUGUAGCGCGCCACCAUCAUCACCUCCAUCACCUGGAUCUGAGUGCCAGGAGUCAGGGCUUCAAUCCGCUGUCUGAACAAAUCGAGGAUUCAUUCGCUGCCCGCCAUCACUUACCGCAGCAGGAUCCCGUGGAAGGAUCUCCGCCGAGGCGGGAUCAUCUUGAUAUACAGGAUCAGGAGCUCCUUCACCAUCCAAAUCACUUCCACCAGCAGAACCAGCGACAACAGCCACCGCCUCCCACGUUGCCACUGUCCGUGGAAUCCUCCUCCGCCGCCGCCGACGGCAUGGAUGCCUUCUUCAAGGACCGCGCCCAGGCGGAGCACAUCCUGCAGGAGUGGGUGCGAAGGCGCGAACCAGUCUGUGAGCUGGACAUCCGUGAUAGUGGUGGCGUCUACGCCAAGACGCCGCUCCAGAGGGGCACUCGCUACGGACCCUUUCCCAUGAAGCUCAGCCACCAACCCAAUGAUCCUCAGCUGGCCUGGAAGGCCCAUAGUAGACACUAUAAUGGAUGGCUAGAGCCCACAGAAGAUGUGUCCACGUGGUUGAAAAAAAUCCGAAGCGUUCAGGACGAUUGUAUAGGCGAGGCUAAUUUACAGAGUUACAUUAAUGCUGGUUAUCUGUGGUACGAGACGAAUCGGUACGUGAAUGCUGGCAGUGAAAUGGUCGUCGACGGGCGGCCCAAGAGUCCUGUUCAACUGAACGAGGACUUCAUGAACGGCGGCAAGGUCCUGGCAGCAGCCGCAGCAGCAGCCGCCGCAGUGGUAGCCGCCUCCUCCUCGGGAGCAAAGAGCGGCGGUGGGGGCAGCUCCGCGCCCAGCGAUGAUCGCAGCGAUCGUGAUAAUGGCUCCCUGUACAGUGGCGACGAAUUCUCCAAGGAUAAGAAAAACUCCUCGCUAAUCAGAGAGGGCGACAUCGAUUUCACAGACGACGAAAACGGUUUCGAUAUACGCUGUGAGGUCUGUGAUAAAGUCUAUCCGGAUUUGGAUCUCUUGGACGAUCAUCUGAUAGGCGCUCACCAUUUCAAGCAGGACGAAUUCCCCUGCAAGCAAUGCGCUCUGCGAUUUUGCCAUCGUCCUUUGCUGAUUAAACACGAAGCUAUCUCCCACAAUAACAUACGCAAAUAUUCCUGCGAAAAUUGCAGCAAGGUAUUUUGUGACCCCUCGAAUCUACAGCGGCAUAUUCGCGCCUACCACGUCGGAGCUCGCUGUCAUCCGUGUCCGGAGUGCGGGAAAACGUUCGGAACCUCGUCGGGCCUGAAGCAGCACCAGCACAUCCACAGCUCCGUGAAGCCCUUCGCCUGCGAGGUGUGCUCCAAGGCGUAUACGCAAUUCUCGAAUCUGUGCCGGCACAAGCGGAUGCACGCCACCUGUCGGAUGCAGAUCAAGUGCGACAAGUGCAACCAGAGCUUCAGCACGUUGACCUCCCUGACCAAGCACAAAAAGUUCUGUGAUUCAACGGGUCCGGGUCCGUAUCGAAACCAGCACGUGAAUCGCCACCAUCAGCACCCGCACCAGCACCCACUUCCGCAUCAGCCCCACCUGGCCGCCACUGCCACAUCCACCUGUCCAGCGCCACCAAGAGAAUCUUCGGAGUCCUCGUCCUCAGCAGCAGCUGCCGCCGUUGCCGCCAUGUCGACGCCACCGAAUCCUUUCCUAAUGUUCCGCACUGCACCGUCUUUCUUUCCCGGAUUUCCGCCUUACGGAUUCUCCCCCUUUCUACCACAAAAUCCGCUGCAUCCUACGAACAUUCCAAUGUUUUUCUCGAAAAAUCCCAUGGAUUUGGGUUGCGGUGGCCCGGAAAUCACCUCACCCGUUUCCGCCUUUGAUCAGAAACUACCAUUUGGCUUUCUGAAGGGUGAGAACUGUGAAUCGCAGGCCUAUGAUAAAGUUACGGAGAAGGAGUUGGCCUUCAAGGCGGACGAAAAACUGAAGAAGGAGCCACUUGUGCAGGCUUUCGAAGGCGAAGAGGACGAGAGCCGGAAUUCCCUGGACAUUAAGGAGAAAUUGGAGGACGCCAGAAACGACUCAAAAUCUGAGGAGCAGGACGAUAUGAAGCAGGAACCCGAAAGGGUUAGCAGUCCCGAUCAACAGCAGGCCGAGGAUGAUAGGAAAUCCAUUGACAUCAUGAGCACACCACCACCCGCAGACACUCCCUCUGGAGUAGAUGGACCGUUGGACCUUUCCAUCUGCCGCAAACGCUCGCCUGGAUCAUUCUUUAACGCACCGGCAGAGGAAAACCUUAUGCUCCAUAGGUUCAUGCCCAGGUUACACGAAUUUGAAGCAGAAAGGGGGCCGCCGCUGAAAAUGCGCAAAUCACACAGCUCGGCGGAGUCGUCCACCUCGCAGAAGUCCCACAAGGGCAGCAGUCCCACACCCACGCCCACCGCCUCGCCCGGACUCACCCCUUCGCCGUCGCCACCCACAAGUGCGGGCGGCGAGCUGAGCAGCACGUCCGAGGGCGGAGCGGUACCGACGAUAGCGGCAGCAGCGUUCGCAGCGGACCACAGCGCUCUGGCCUCUGGGCCAACGCUUCCGCAGACUCAUCCCACCUUUCAUCCGCUGUUGCUGGAGGAGAUCUACCGCUCGGGGUUUCCUUUUUUAUGCCAACCGGGCGGACGGCGCGGCAUUGAGGCGCUGCUGGCGGGAGCCGCCGCAGCUGCCCCAAAGCGGCCGCUUCCGCCCGUGAAGUUCUCAACGGGCAGUGUGGUGGGACUCAAGACGAAGGAUCGCUACAGCUGCAAGUUCUGCGGCAAGGUGUUCCCCAGAUCGGCCAAUCUGACGAGGCAUUUGAGGACGCACACGGGCGAGCAGCCGUAUCCCUGCAAGUACUGCGAUCGGGCAUUCAGUAUAUCCUCGAACCUGCAGCGCCAUGUGAGGAACAUCCACAACAAGGAGCGUCCUUUUCGCUGCGAGCUCUGCGAUAGAUCCUUUGGCCAGCAGACGAAUCUCGAUCGGCACGUGAAGAAGCACGAGUCGGAGGGCAACAAUUUCCGGGAUUCGCCCAGUUCCAGUGGCAUUGCCGAAAGGGAGGAGUACUUCGAUGACAUAAGGAAGUUCAUGAAUCGGGUCUACACGCCCAACAGUCUGGUCGGCAAUGAGGGCGAUACCGAGGAGUAUGCCAAUAGCGACGAUCAGUCUGUGACUCUGGAAAAGGACAGCGGCAACUUCAACAACAACAGCAGCAACAUCAGCAACAACAACAGCAGCGGCGGCAACAACAACAACAACGCCAAGGCCAUUACAAUAAGCUCUUAGGAAUCGUAAGAGAUUAGAGAGCUUGCUUUCCUCGUUGUUAAAUGAUAAACUUACUUUAACUCUUACUUAAGCGUGCCUCCGAGAGGGAAAUCUAUCUUUAAGUAGUUACCAUUUCGACGCAACUUGUACUAAACGAAACUCUAAACAUUAGCUAUGCAAUCAAUGGAAAAAGACGGUGAAGCAUCAAACAUUAACCUAAAAUACAAACCAAUAAAUACAACUUAAAGGCAAAAA